GGAGCUGCGGGGCAAACGGCUUCUGGCUGUGUGGUAGCGGGGACUCUGCUCCCUUCCGCGCGGUGAGGGACCGUCUCCGCCGCGCUCCUCGUCCUCGCCGGCCGUCGCCUCACCGACUCGCCUGUGCUACCGGCCCGCUACAACUACUCGUAGAAUUUAAAAGAGAGGCUGUCAUGUCACAGGAGUGCAACGAUGAGUGGGAGCUGAGCAAAGAGAAUGUGCAGCCCCUCCGGCAGGGACGUGUCAUGGCCACCUUGCAGGAAGCUUUGGCUCAGCAGGAGACCUCCACCCACACUGCUGUUCAGCUCAAAAAGCAGGAGUUUGAAUUGGAAAUCCGAUUUUACUCUGGAGACGAUCCACUGGAUGUCUGGGACCGGUACAUUAAGUGGACAGAGCAAACCUUCCCCCAGGGUGGAAAGGAGAGUAAUCUCCCAGCAAUAUUGGAAAGGGCAGUGAAAGCACUCAAUGAACAGCAGCGGUACUACAAAGAUCCCCGCUAUCUUAAUCUCUGGCUCAAGUUUGGAGAUUGUUGUAACGAGCCCUUGGAUCUGUACAGUUAUCUACAUAGCCAGGAAAUUGGAACAACACUGGCGCUACUCUACAUCACUUGGGCAGAGGUGCUUGAGGCUAGAGGAAGUUUUAAGAAAGCAGAUCUGAUAUUCCAGGAGGGUCUUCAGCGUAAGGCUGAACCUUUGGACAAGCUCCAGUCCUAUCACAGGCAGUUUCAGGCCCGUGUUUCUCGGCAGACGCUGCUGGGGCUUGAGGAAACUCCUGAUGAAAAUGCUACUGGUCUUCUGGGAGCUGUGGAACCUCAGAGAAGCUCACUGGCAGAUCUAAAAGGCAGAGGGAAGAAAAAAGUGAGAGCCCCAAUUAGUCGUGUAGGAGAUGCACUUAAAGCCACUAACCAAAGCAGAAGCUUCCAGACUCUAACGUCUCAGCAGUUUUCAAAUAAUCCGGGUUUUGCUGUGUUUGAUGAAAAUUCAUCUUCUGGACCUGAGAUUCCUGUAAUUACACCACAGCCAUGGACAGCACCUCCAGCCCCAAGGGCCAAGGAGAAUGAACUCAGCGCAGGACCUUGGAACUCUGGCAGGCGCCCUCGAAGCACUGUGAAUGCUGGUAUAGAAGUGCCCUGCCCGCUGCCCAGUUUCACCCCGUAUGUGGAGGAGUCAGCUCAGCAACAAGUCAUGACUCCCUGCAAAAUUGAACCUAGUGUAAACUGUGUUUUAAGUGCUCGGAAACCUGAGAAAGAGGAGGACCCACUGCAACGAGUACAAAAUCAUCAGCAGGAUACUCAAGAAAAGAAAGAGGUGGUGAUGUACUGUAAAGAUAAAAUUUAUGCUGGAGUUGAAGAAUUCUCUUUGGAAGAAAUCCGAGCUGAAAUCUACAGAAAGAAAGCAAAAAAGAAAGCAGAAGAGGAGAUGCAGGCCAUAGCACAGCAGAAGGAAGAAAUACAAAAGAAAAUUGAAGAGCUGGAGAUGAAAUUAAAGAAGAAAAAAGAUGACAAGCAGCAACAAUCAUGUGAACAGCCAAUAGAGAUAACCAAAGCUUCGCCAUCUUUGGGACUGCAAGGAUUUACUUUUUCCAGUGCAACAGAAGUUGGGGAGAAACCACUUCAGUUGCAAAGUGAAUUCGAGGUCUCUGAAGAUACUCAGCUACGUAAAUCAUCUUGUUCCGAGGAGGUUAUCCAGUCUCCUGAUGUAUGCCCAGAUAUGCAAAGCGGAAACGUGUUUUUAGACUCUGAGGAAGAGCAGAAGGAACAGAGAAAUGAGGCCAGCCUUGGGAAAAAAGGUCUCCUUCCCCCACCGGAUCCUGGUGUGCUUUUCUCCAUAUUUGAUGAAUCCUCUACUUUGAAAAAUCAGAAUACAAGUUGCUCUACAGAUCAUACACAGAAAAGUUCUCGGCGCCCUCUUGCUGUUCGUAAACCUUCAGAUUCUGUAACUGCAAAGGAAAACGUGCUGCCAGAAGCCUGUGUUGAGCUGAAUGGAAUUGAGCCUUUGACUGAAGAUGCAAUUGUGACGGGCUCCUACAAGAACAAAACCCUUUGUGCCAACCCAGAAGACACAUGUGACUUUGUCAGAGCUGCCCAUCUGGCAUCGACACCCUUUCAUGGGGUGGUAGCUCAGAGAGUCCCAGCUCCUGCUCUUUCACAGUGUGACCUGAAGGAAGACUGCUCAGAACCUAAGAGUGCACCUCUGAAUGAGGAAAUACCCGUUUCUGAGGGAGCAUACAGUGAAGCUCUUUGUGUAAACAAACUGAGCCCCAUCAUGGAAGCAAGCCUGGAAGAUACUCGUUCGUCAGGUUCUUCUGUCUCAGGAUCUUCUCUUUCCUCUGUUACACAAAUAUCUACUGUUAAAUACCUGCAUAUCCCUGAGAAACUGGAACUUGCCCAGAGCUUGCCUGCUGAAAUGGUUCCUGAUUCUGGAGGUGUCAGUGAAAACAUUACUGGUGAUGUAACUCGGUUCUUGUGGAGUGCUGAACAGCGUAAAAAGCUUCUAGAUCCUAUGCCAGAAUGGUUGACUGCUGCUCCAGACUUUCAUUUGGAGACUGGCGCUCUGCCUGUCAUGGAGCUUGAGAAAGACGUUGAGCUAGGAAAUGAAACUUACUGUAUCAAAUGGGAAUAUUGGGCCAAUGAAGAAUACCAGAUGUGUUUUGCCAUUCCAGCCCACUUCCCCCAGUUGGAUGCAAAGGGAUUUGCAAUAAAGGUGUAUUCUCAGCCUGUGCCUUGGGAUUUUUAUAUCACACUUCAGUUACAGGAGCGUCUGAAUACUGAUUUUGACCAAAGCUUCAGUGAGAAUUGCAGCUGUUACUUGUACCAAGAUGGCUGUGCUAUUUUGCACAGGGAUAUAAAUCGCUUCACACUUGGGGAUGUUAUUCGUGGCUGUAAAUCUAUCACAGAGGAGGUUAUCCUGCUGGUUGUUUAUAAUCUUCUGGGUGUGGUUGAGAAGCUGCACAAAGCAGAGAUUGUCCAUGGAGAUCUGAGUCCAGAGGUGUUCUUUCUGGGAAACAGGAUCUGUGAUCCAUUUGCUAAUGAUGAGAUGACAAGAGCUCUGAAGAUAGUGGAUUUCUCUCACAGUCUAGAUUUGAGAUUACAGUCUCGUGUAAGCUUGCCCAACAGCUUUCCUAUAUCUCAGACCCCUCAUGGACAACAGCUUCUGACGAAAAGUUCUCUUCCUUAUCAGGUAGACUUGGUUGGCAUUGCAGAUAUAGUCCACUUGAUGCUAUUUGGAGAACAUGUCCAGGUCCAUCAAGAGAAUUCCGUCUGGAAAAUCAGCCAAAAUUUAUCAAAGAUCGUUGACAGUGAUUUCUGGGGUAAACUUUUUGGGAGAAUUCUGAAUGCAGAUGGUAAGUCCACAGUGUCUCUGCUGAGGGAGUUAAGAGAGGAAAUAAGUGACAUGUUUGACAGCCGUUUCCAAGAACGUCUUUGUGAAUCCUUAGCUGCGCUGGGAGAAUCUUUCCUCUUGGAGAACUUCCUGUGAUUUCAUAGAGGACAAAUGUAUUUUGUAUUAUAGAGUGGAAUUUGUUGUUAACUUUUUAUUUAUUUUUUUUUAAAUGUAAGCAUGAACAGUGAUUGUAGCCGUUUCUGCAAUACUUCACGUGGGAUUCACUAAAGAAUGUUGAUAUGGCAUCAGUACAUAGAUAACCUCCUAAACCUGCUGGAUGAACUAGUCUGAGUAGUUUGCCAGAGAAAAUUGGUUGUCAUAACUGCCCCCUCCCCUUGUGUAGCUCCUUAAAAAUGUGUUUAAUACCCAGUUCACACUGCAGUUUCUGAAAUGUCUUUGUCCUAUGUUUAGUUGGUCUUUUAAUUGGUGUUUCAUCAA